GCGGGCCUGGGUCAGCCGCGGCGGGCGGGCCGGCGCCGGGAGCUGUGGGCGGCCUCUGCGUCUCCAGCCGCCGCCCUCCCGCCGCCACGAUGCCGGGGAUCGACAAGCUGCCCAUCGAGGAGACGCUGGAGGACAGCCCGCAGACAAGGUCUUUACUGGGUGUAUUUGAAGAAGAUGCUACAGCUAUUUCCAACUAUAUGAACCAGUUGUAUCAAGCUAUGCAUCGGAUUUAUGAUGCACAGAAUGAAUUAAGUGCAGCAACACACCUGACUUCAAAACUUUUAAAAGAAUAUGAAAAACAGCGUUUCCCACUAGGGGGUGAUGAUGAGGUUAUGAGCUCUACUUUGCAACAGUUUUCAAAAGUUAUAGAUGAGCUUAGCUCUUGUCAUGCCGUACUUUCAACACAACUUGCUGAUGCCAUGAUGUUCCCCAUUACUCAGUUUAAAGAAAGAGAUCUGAAAGAAAUAUUGACAUUGAAGGAAGUGUUUCAGAUUGCUAGUAAUGAUCAUGAUGCUGCAAUUAACAGAUAUAGCCGAUUAUCCAAAAAAAGGGAAAAUGACAAGGUGAAGUAUGAAGUCAUAGAAGACGUCUACACUUCCAGAAAAAAACAACAUCAGACCAUGAUGCAUUAUUUUUGUGCAUUAAAUACUCUUCAGUACAAAAAGAAAAUAGCAUUGUUAGAGCCUCUACUUGGGUACAUGCAAGCUCAGAUAAAUUUCUUUAAGAUGGGUUCUGAAAAUCUCAAUGAGCAACUGGAAGAAUUUUUAACUAAUAUUGGAACAAGUGUGCAGAAUGUUCGCAGGGAAAUGGACAAUGAUGUAGAGACCAUGCAACAGACAAUAGAGGAUUUGGAAGUAGCUAGUGAUCCCUUAUAUUUGCCUGACCCAGAUCCCACAAAAUUUCCUGUUAAUCGAAACUUAACCCGAAAGGCUGGAUACCUUAAUGCUAGAAAUAAAACAGGUUUGGUGUCAUCUACCUGGGACAGACAGUUUUACUUCACGCAGGGUGGAAACUUAAUGAGUCAGGCCCGUGGGGACGUAGCAGGAGGUCUGGCCAUGGACAUAGACAACUGUUCAGUGAUGGCUGUGGACUGUGAAGACAGGCGAUACUGUUUUCAAAUUACUUCUUUCGAUGGAAAAAAAUCUUCAAUUUUGCAAGCAGAAAGUAAAAAAGACCAUGAAGAGUGGAUCUGUACAAUAAACAACAUAUCUAAACAAAUAUACUUAAGUGAAAAUCCAGAGGAAAUUGCUGCACGUGUAAAUCAGUCAGCUUUGGAAGCUGUUACUCCUUCCCCGUCUUUCCAGCAGAGGCAUGAGAGCCUGCGGCCAGCAGGACAAUCUCGGCCACUGACAGCUCGAACCAGCAGUUCGGGAUCCUUAGGAUCUGAAUCUACAAAUUUGGCUGCCCUCUCUCUAGACUCUCUUGUUGCCCCAGACACCCCAAUACAAUUUGAUAUCAUUUCUCCUGUGUCUGAAGAUCAGCCUGGCCAGGCAAAAGCCUCUGGCCAGGGAGGCAGGCGUACAAAUCCCUUUGGAGAAUCUGGAGGAGGUACAAAAUCUGAAACUGAAGAUUCUAUUCUUCAUCAGUUAUUUAUUGUCCGAUUCCUUGGUUCUAUGGAGGUAAAAUCAGAUGACAAUCCAGAUGUUGUUUAUGAAACAAUGCGCCAAAUCUUAGCUGCUCGGGCUAUCCAUAACAUCUUUCGUAUGACAGAAUCACAUUUAUUAGUCACUUGUGAUUGUUUAAAGUUAAUUGAUCCACAGACUCAAGUUACAAGGCUGACGUUUCCAUUACCUAGUGUAGUUCUGUAUGCUACACACCAGGAAAAUAAAAGACUUUUUGGAUUUGUUCUUCAGACUUCAGGAGGAAGAAGUGAAAGUAAUCUGUCAUCAGUCUGCUAUAUAUUUGAAUCAAACAAUGAGGGGGAAAAGAUUUGUGAUUCUGUUGGACUGGCAAAACAGAUAGCUUUGCAUGCAGAACUGGAUCGUAGGGCAUCAGAAAAACAAAAAGAAAUAGAGAGAGUAAAAGAGAAGCAACAGAAAGAACUCAGUAAACAGAAACAAAUUGAAAAGGACUUAGAAGAGCAAAGUCGGUUGAUAGCUGCUUCCAGUAGACCAAAUCAAGCCAGUAGCGAGGGGCAGUUUGUUAUCCUUAGCAGCAGCCAGUCAGAAGAGAGUGAUUUGGGGGAAGAAGGAAAGAAGAGAGAGUCAGAAGCAUAAACUUCUUGCAAUUUGGUUAAUAUUUUCCCCCUUGGAAUUUGUUGACAAUUUCUGUGGUGAAAUGGCACAAGGUAACAACUAUGUUGAAAUAUCAAGAAGGAGACUAAAGUUUGUUUGUUUUAGCUUCAUUUUUUUAAAGUAAGAUUGACCUUGA